CUGUCCUCGCCCUCUUCAUCAACAAGAAGCUGUGUUUCGAAACUGUCAGCGGCCAUCUGCAUCUGGAACAGAGAGGGAAGAAGAGAAAGCAGUCUUUGAGAGACAAGACUGGGGGCCACACAGGACCGGCUGAGAAGUGUUGAGAGUGAAAUGUUCACAGCCACUAAGAGACUACCCUAUCAAACACAGUUGCUCUGUUCCCUGCAAAGACCUACUCCGUAGACCUUGGCACAGGAACCGGCAUGCUGCCUGGUUUUAGUUACAGCCAACGGUGCUCACGUACUGCGCAUGUUUUCUUUAUGUGUAUAUUAAUAAAGUUUUGCCUGUUAUAAAAAAAAGAGAGAAAGACUUCAAGUUUCUCAUCGUGCUUGUUCUGUAUUUCACAUAAGCCCAGAGUUCUGGAGGAACCAAAGGAGUGGACUCUGUACACGUGAGGUAGUUGGCCAUGGUGUUGGCCAUGGCAUCUCAGGAUGCCCAGAACUUCUUCCAGCCUUUAUCUUCCUGGCUAUCCCGAGUUUAUGAAGCUCUCCAGCAAGCGGGUGAUGCGUUAGCUGCGUCAUUGGUUCUUCUAAGCAAACACGAUUCGGCAUUGGGUGACAAGCCAGACCAGGACUUAGAUGAUAUUCAGAUUCAGGAAACCUACUUCGAAGAUGAAGAGCAGGGCAAUGAUGGGAAUUCAGAGGAGGCAAACUCCCUGUUUCUUGAAGAGGACCAUUUCUCAUGCUCUAAUAGUGAUUCGCAGGACUCUGGCAGAACGUCAAGCCCCAGACUUGAUCAACAAGCCAAAGACUCAUGCUCUGUAAUACACCAGUGGCCCAAUCAGACCCCAGCUGGCCUGCAGCCGCCACACAUGCUUUCUUCUAUCGCUGAGGAAGAACAUCACUUUGAGAGGCAGAAAUGUGGCCGUCAGCUUGGCUGUGACACCCAGGUCCCUGGCACUUUAGGAAAAGCUAAUGGAAAAAAGCAAGUUAACAGUUUUGGGGAUGACGAAGAGCCUUCCACAUCUUCUGAGAGUGAUGAAGAUGUGAUCAAGCAGUUUGAGAUCUCUGUGUCCCGAUCCCAGAGUUUUCGUACGGGAGCACCCGAGAAGGGAAAGACCGCAGAGUUAGAGCUGAAAACAAAAUGCAACCGUUUGCUGUCCAUCCACCAAGAAGACAGCGCUGAAGUGUCUGCGUGUGAAGAUUUGGAUGGAACCAGCCAACUCAGUUAUUCUGGGGUUCUGUCUUAUGAAGAUCACGCCCUCUCUACCCUGUCGCAGUCUCCCUGUGAGAGCAGAGACACCAGGCACCAUGGCCCCUGUCAUCAAGAGACUGGCAUGGUCCAAAGCCUCAGUCAUCCUUGCGCAGAUGGCAUCCGAGAGACAGAGACAGCUUCGACUAACCGGGGUUUUGAAGAUGCCUACGCCACUCCCAGCUCCUCUAUGUGGAGUGCAGAGGAGCAGGAUGGGACCAGUCUGCAGGUGCCGCCCAGGCUCUUGGAGCCCAUCUCAAAAUGCGGUCACCUAGAUAUCAUCUUUGAAUAUAGAGCUAUAGCCCAGAAGCUCACCGUGACCAUUGUGAGAGCCCAGGGACUUCCAGAUAAGGACCGGAGUGGUGUCAACUCCUGGCAAGUUCAUGUCGUACUCCUGCCCAGUAAGAAACAGAGGGGCAAGACGAACAUCCAGAGAGGGCCCAAUCCUGUCUUCAAGGAGAAGGUCACCUUUGCCAAGCUGGAGCCCAGGGACGUGGCUGCCUGUGCUGUCCGAUUCCGCCUGUAUGCUGCCCGGAAGAUGACCCGAGAGAGGAUGAUGGGAGAGAAGCUGUUCUGUCUCAGCCACUUGCACCCAGAAGGGGAAAUGAAAGUGACUCUGGUUCUGGAGCCAAGAAGUAACAUAAGCAGUGGAGAGUCUCCGCUCAGCCCAUCUGUGGUGUCUCACAGUGACAGUGCUUCAUCCACACAGUCGCUGUCUCAUGGAGGGGUGCCAGAGCUGUUGGUGGGGCUGUCCUACAAUGCCACAACAGGGCGAUUAUCUGUGGAAAUGAUCAAAGGCAGCCAUUUCCGAAACCUCGCUGCUAACCGAGCUCCUGAUACAUACGGGAAACUCUUCCUCCUCAACUGCGUGGGCCAAGAGAUGUCCCGAUGCAAGACAUCCAUUCGGCGUGGCCAACCCAAUCCUGUCUAUAAAGAGACCUUUGUCUUCCAGGUGGCCCUCUUCCAGCUCUCUGAUGUCACCUUGAUGAUUUCCAUUUACAGUAGACGCACUAUGAAGCGUAAGGAGAUGAUUGGCUGGAUCGCGCUGGGUCAGAACAGCAGUGGGGAAGAGGAGCAGGAGCACUGGGAGGAGAUGAGGGAAAGCAAAGGCCAGCAGAUAUGCAGGUGGCAUACAUUGCUGGAAUCCUAGGUUUACCCAGAGGCGUCUGUGUGCUCUAUCAGCCUUGAUUAUCAGACACCAAGUCAGAGCAUUGUGUGGAUGUCUGUGGUGGGGGUGGGGGGUUCAAAAUUGAGAAUUUUACUGAUCUUAGGGCAUUUUGUGGUUUAGAUCAUUAUCAAAGGUUUGGUUUUUGUUUAAAUGUUGUCACAGCCAAGUGCACAGUUUGGGAAAUGGUACUCUAGUUGAGACCGCUGGUGAUGUCAUAAUUUGUGCUAAUGGAUGAUCGUGUUUUGGUUCACACUGUGGGAUGCAGCUUCUCCUGCUUUCUCUUUUUGCUUGGAGAAUAGACUGAGAUUUUAAGGGAGCUGUAAUGUUGCUGUUUUCCAUCACCGGGGUGUAUGAAUCACUCUUCUCAAUGUUCAAAAUUCCAAAAGAGAGAAAUGAAUCAGAUGCCUAGGGUUACAGGAAGAUGUAACCAAUCCACAAUCCUCUGCCACACCUACUCUUUUUAUAAAAAAAGAAAAGUCUGUUUAUUUAAAAGAUAAUUGUUAUAAAUUUGUGGUGUAAAAUAAAUUUGUAUUCAUGAAAUGCCUCUUUUUUCUCAAUUAGAUAUCACGAUUUCUAAAAGAAUUGAGUUACACAAAUCAUCUUAAAGUUGUAAGAGUUAAAAAGUGACUGUUAUCUAACCCAUCUCCUUUUGAAUAUGUAAAAUUUCAAAAAUCAAGUUUUUUGUGCCUUAAAACAAAACAAAACAAAACAAAACAAAACACCAAAUCAGUACCUACACAAGAGGAAAACCAAGGAGAUAAUAAAGUCUUGGCUUUCUUAUGUUUCCAAAUCUGGCAUUCAUUUGGAUUAUACCUUUUCUAUAGCCAAAUUACAUUAACUCACAUUUAUGUUUUUUUGUAUGUACUCCUGCAUGUCAGCCAUGUUCAUCUUUAUGCUAUGUACCUUGCCAGCAGAGCAUAGUAAAAUGCACACAGUGGAUCUUAAUAAAUACUGAUUUGAUUGACUUGUGAGAAUGAACAUGUGAACUCCUGUGAGUGAAGACAUAAUGUCAUUUUGUAUGGAAUGACACUGAAUUCUUUGAGCAUUUAAAAUCCCCAGCAGUGCUACUUCUCACAUGGAACAAUAUGUAUUAGUGACUCCUUGUCUUCUGAGCACGUGCUGUUUAAAUGCUGACCAUGCAUGGUUCUGGGCAUAGGGUUUUACUUAUGAGCAGCUUUUACAUAUGUUUGCAGUGCAUUUUUAUUUUCUCGAUUCCUAGAUCUGAGCUCUUAAUUUCAAUAACUUUCACCUGGAAGCGAGAGGCGGAUGGCAUGCACACUUAACCCUGUGCCCAAUGUUACAGGUUCUCUGAGCAAUUGCCCAGUCAUUUAUUUUUAGCCUUUUAUGUUUUCUUGUUGACUUCUAUCCUGUCUGUGGGAAGAGUGAUAGCUAGAGAUGGGUGUAUACAGUCAAAGCCAUGUAGCCUCCCCCUCGGCUCUACAUUUUGACAGAUUGUAAGCGUAGGCUGCAAUGCUGGGAGAACAUAUUUAUUCCUUGCAAUUUGUAAUGGUUAUUCUGACAAGACCAGGCAAGGGCAUGGGAUAACGCUACUGUGAUCACAGGGAUCAGAUAUUUGGAAGAAAUAACUUUAUAUGGAAGGACAAGAAUUUGCAGAAUAAAUUAGUAUCUCCGUUUCUUUUCUGGUCCUUUGGGUUUUCCCCUAUCUUUCUUGGGAAGACCUGAGAGUGCUUUCUCAGCAUUGUGUCCAUUAACUGCCGAGUGGUCUUUGCAGCGUGACUGUGUUGCAGGGUAGAACUGAGUGCAAUUGAUGAAGAGCGGCGAAGAAUUGGCUUUUCACAUCCCUCCCUCUCUGUAUGCCUUGUGUUUAAAGGGAAGUAGAGCAGCCUCGUUAUGCUUCCCUUUAUGCCACUGGCAUAAUAGCAGCAUUCAUUUUCAAAUUUACAUUUGAAAAAAAAUCUGUAUAUAUUGUACAGACAGCCCUGGAUUUUCCUCACUCAUGUUUGCCUGCCUCCAGGGCUUUGUGGUCCCCAGUAAUCACCUAUGCUUUCUGUUUUGCUCCUUGACUUGCCCAGUUUUAGGGUUUUCUGCUGGUGUAGUGAGCUUUACAACAGUGUGCAUCCUUUCAAGAGGAAAGAUGCCUGAAAAGCGUUUCCCCCACUUUUUAAACAAUUUUCUUUGUUAGUAGCACUCGUCAUAUAACACAUGUGCAUCUUGAUUAUACAGCAGCGUUCACCCUCCGUGGAUGGUACAGACAUCAAAUUCUAAAGACAAGAUGCAUUGAAAUGUGAAGCUGAACAUUUUUUUUUAAACCUCAAUUUGAAAUUCUGCUUUAGGAAGAUCUUUGGAUUUUGUGCACUUAGACUCUCUUAUUUUCUUGGCAAAGUCUAGACCCAAAUGCAUUUAACAUGUUUUUCACUUGAGUGUUUACAGCUACAUUUGCCUCUCAAAAGACUUAUGAAAGAUAAUUAGUUGGCUCUGUGGUGAGAAAGCUGCUUCUGCCUGUUUUAGCUAGCUAAUGAUUAAUAUCUUGUGCAGAGCUUGAUGUGGAAGAAAUGCUGGGUUUUGUUGCUUGCUAGUUCUUUCCUGAAGAGUGAACUUUGAGAGUACGAGAUGCACAGAGUUUAUGGAAAUGUGUUUUAUCAUGCGCCUUCUUUCAGGGCACAGGCUCCCACUGACGUGAGAAGAGCUGGUUUCACCAAUCAUCGUGGUAGCUGUUGUCGUCUCGGAUCCCCUCUGACUACUUUUCCUUUCCUUUUUUUUUUUUUUAAUAGACUAUUCACCAGAGUAGACAAACACCUGCUCUGGGUUCCUUCUCCCUCACUGGCUCCCUGUGAGAGAUGCACUGGCGUUUUGGACCCUGUUUUUGCUGAUCAAAUGACUAUUGGGCAGAGGGAGUCCUGCUUUCCCUGCCAUACGAAGAAUUUGUAAUGCCCAUGAAUGUAGUGUUCACCACCAUGAGUCCCCAGAAAUGAGCCACACUGUGUUUGCAAAGAGGCAUGACAUUGCUUCUGUGGUUGUUCAACUUAGGUGCCAUUGGCUAUGGCGUGCUUUGAUGACACUUCCAGCAUUGAUGCAAAUGUUGACAUUCUCCACAGUGCUAGGUGCUCCAGUGAAGCACCCCUUCUCCCUUUUCAACAUGUACAUUCACAGCAUUAUACAAAUGACUACUGCCUCUUGGUAUUGUGAUUUAUGUUGUGGCUGUACUAGAAGGUGUUUUCUGAGGAUCCAAAUCCUUCCUUCCAAGUAAAGCAUUAUUUAAAUCUCAUAUCAAGUUCAUUGAUCUAUUGAUCUUUCCCUGUGGACAUUGAGCUGUGUAUCCACCCAAACCUGGCUGUGCUUUCCAUGCAGAGGACUUAGAAGGUAUGGAAAGAGUCACUUGUAAGUGACAUAAAACCAAGUGGAAACAAUUUGGGGACAGGAUCUUACUGUAGCCCACUGGAACAUACUGUAUAGCCCAGACUUGCCUUAAACUUGUGAUCCUCCUGCCUCAGGCUCCAAAGUGUUGAGAUUACAGCAGCCAUGAACUACCUUGCCUGGCAUGAGGGCAUAUUCUUUGUUGAGAAGUGAUUAGACAAGAAAACACAAGUGAUACUUCCCCCUUAACUUCGCAUGGAACUAUGUGUAAAGACAAUUCCUUUCUAAAUUCCUAGUGAGAAGCAGAUGAUAGAUCUUGAAAUGACAAAAGACCUUUUAUUGUCUGAAAAACUAAUAAUUUGUUUAGAUACAGCUAUAAAAUAACCUGGUGGAAGAGAUGAAGAAAUUAGUAUGUGGACAUGUUUGGCAUAAUUGGUGUAUAUGCAACAAGAAUAGACUGAGAAAGGCAUUUGAGAUCAACCAACACUCAACAAUCAGUGGGGUUCUGGACAAUACUUAAAGGUGUGGAACAAAACAGACCCCAGGCAGUGAAGUAGGUACAGGCCAUGUGGUCAUAGCUUGGGUUCAGGUGGAACUCUGCUGUGUGACCUUAGGAAAAUGACCUAGCCUACCCACACCCCAGUGUUCUCAAAUGGAAAGCAGAAUUAUUGCUUAAGUUUCCUUUAAGAGAUAUCAGUGAAGUCACAGAUGUAAUGUGACCAGAAUAGAAGCUGGCACGAAGCUAAUAUUCAGUAUUUCCUCCUGAUAAUCAUGCUUGAGAAAGAUGUCUUCGAGGUUGACUACUUUUUCCAGGAAUGCAAUUAUAACACUAGGCGGUAACUCAAAACAUCUUUCUCAGGAAUGUGAAAAACACACCUUCAUGAAGCUGGCUGAGAGUUGCACAAGUAGAUUUUGCCAGGAGAUGAGCAUGAUAGAUGAGUAAGUUACAUCAUAGUAGAUAUCAACUGAGGUAUAACCAAAUCUCUGUCUUUCAUUCUCUUAGUUUGGAGGUAAUGCAAGAACUGAAUAAUUUAUGUUUACAUCUUGAUCAGCUGCUCACAGGCCUUUCCUCAACCCACUCUGCUGCUCAUAGGCAGAUAGGCCACUUACUGUCCCCAUCAAAAAACUUGGUGGCAUAUUGCUAUAUAUUUUCACUUGAUCUACAGAAAUAAGCAGUGUAAUACUACAGUUACAGUCUUUAAAAAUCGAUGUAUCUUUAAAGCCUACAUUAUCUAUUUAUAUCUUUAUAGAUGAGGAAUUUUCAGCAGUGAGAACUUAAGAUUCAUUGUCCAACUGAAGGUUCCAUUCAGAACCGGUUCCUUGGCAUUGUUUCCAUUAGAUCACAGUGAAAGGAAUUCCAUCAUCGAGCAGAACUUCUUUUCAGUUUAAGGGUUCUGGUUGAUACAAUGGGGUGUAUGUCCAGUUGUUUUCAAGUGAUUAAAAGUGAUGAAGAUGUCCUAAAAGUUUAGAAGAAACUUUGUUGACCUUUAACCAAUAGAAAUCAGAGACAAGUUACCUCAGAUGUUACUGGAUGCCGUGGGCCAAUCAUCUUCUGCAUGGUGGUAGUAGUGGUGGUUUUGAAGAUGGGAUCUCGAUGAGUUUGAACUCACUAAGUAGCUGAGGGUGACCUUGAACUUCUGAUCCUCCACCUUCCAUCUCCUGAGUGCUGGGAUUAUAGGUGUAUGUUACCAUGCCUGGUUUCUGCGGUGCUGGGGUUAGGGCUUUGUGGAUGCUAGGAAACACUCUACCAACAGAGCUCUAUCCGCAGGUCCAGAGUGACUCUGGGAUGGGAAGCUGUGAGGCUGUACUUUUACCCACUGCCAAGGUGUCAACAUGCUAUGUUGAAUUCCAGGCUUGCCAAUUCAGGGACAGCAACACAGAGACAUUGGACACGGGUCAUUUAGCUUAGUGUUUUCCAAGGGGGAUAACUAGUUGGGAUGGGAGAUGGGAAGACUAGGAAGUGACAAUGACCCAGAAGGUAAAACCCUACUGGAGAGGACAAUGUAAAUUUUUCUGAUCUUCCACAUGGAUAAAGUCAGAGCACCCACAAACAAUGAUGAGACUUUGACAUUAGCAAAAAUAUACGGAGGUUGUUUCACAUUAGCUUAAAUGUAUUGGUUGGAUUUCCCCAUGUCUAGCACUGGAUUAUCUGGGAUGGUACAGAGCUUAAAAAUCUUUCUGAAGUCAUUGGCUAACAUUAAAGCCACAGUGCUUACCAAUAUACAAUCGUUAAGUGAUUUCUUAAUUAUUUGUAGUCCAAGGUAGAUUUUCUAAUCGUGGGUUAUGGGAAGGAAGUGGGACACAUUUGGCUGAACGAAGCAGGAAAAAACUGCUGUCAGUCCCUGAGUUGGGGGCCUUGAUUGCCCGAAAGAGUGAAUUAAUUGCCGAGAAGCUUCCAGAAGCAUGGCUUUUAAAACAGGAAGUUGUGCUGGGAGCAUUCAUUCCCAAAGGAUGGGAGGGUACCCAGGAAGUGUGUCUUUAGAAGGUUUCUUCUAAAUUUGGUAUCUGGUAUGUAAUCUCUAUGCUCCUGGCCUGUAUUCUUCCCCUUGUAGUUUCCCCGUAUGGAUUUUUCUCAGCUUCUUAAUUCUCUUCUCUGGGGAGUUGCUACUUGGGUCUUGUUUGGGUAACACUGGGGUGCCUGCAGGCUUUGGCUGGCUCUCUCCUAUGGUGCAUGGACUGUCGACUGCUUUCAUCCCCCUUGGGCCAGAUUGCCGUAUCCUAGACACGGAGGUGAUAAUCACCUAUAUUUACAGCCCACAUGGAACCUGUGCGCAGCUUGAGAUUUUACAGUGCACAUACGGGCGGCAGCCAUGGAGGUCGAUGGAUGUUCUUAGAAUCACUGCUGAGCUCUGUGAACGGCUCUCGAGUGCUCACUAACGCCGCCUCAAGUGUCUCAGGGGAGCUUUACCUUCUUACUGCCAUGUGGCAAUAUUACCGAUCGACUUCGAGGUUCACAAGAAGGCAGAUUUCCCCAAGGUGUCACCUGAUGUAUGUAUAAUUUUUGUUGACUUGAUUUUUCCCUUAGAUUAUCCAUUUGACUUUAAAAAUAAUUUUUGGAUGUAUUCAAAACAUAUUCACUAAAGUCACUGAUGCUUAGAAUGUUCUGGAAUCUGGGCGGGGGCUAGAAGAUGCGCUGCUGAAUAAAAGAGCUCGACAAUAUUUUUGCUUCUAAAUAGCUUCUCCUUUCAUGCUCGAUUCUGACAAGGGCUGCAGGCAAGCAAAAAUUUACUUUUAUUAUCUUGUAAUUUGGGACUUAAUAUAUUUCUACCAUGGUUUCUUCCCUCCUGUAAAGGGGAGAGGAUUUGGAAGUUAUUACUCUGUGUCUAGUUAAGGAAUAAAUAUCUUUGGCAGCUUAUGCUUCUCUUCCAAAUAAAUGGGUGUUUUAUAUCUACAGAGGGAGGAAUGCAGUGUUCCAGUCCUACAAAGAACUGAGUUACAGCAGGAGAUGGCGGUGAGACGGGGAUUUGAACUUUUGUGACUGAAUACUGAAUUCCCUUUAUAAGGCAGUAGGGUGGUAGGUCUGUACAGGCAAACUUGACAGUUCUUACCGGGGCUCUGCCUAUCAGAAAUGGCUACUCCUUCCUGUUUGAAUGUGUGGACUGGAGACUGUAGCCACGGGAUACGUGGGUGAGGAUGUGGACGAAGAACCCUACUGACGUUUUUAAUUUUUUUAAAUAAAUGUUAGUUAUCUGAGAUCAUAUUAAGCAAGGUAGGACAGAUGUAGAGAGAGAAAGGUUGCGUAUUUUCUCCCACUUUGGAGCCUAGACUUUAUAUGUGCAGACAAAACCAUUUUUAUAUGUGACUCAGGAGAAGGGAGAUGGAAGAAACAGGAACAGCAGUGUGAGUGGGGAAAGAGAGUGAUGAGGUGAGGGGACGAGGCAGAUACGGUCAAAGAACAUGUGGUAGAAACUGUAUUUAUGAAGCCAAGCACAAUGGACAAUGAGUCCCACCCCGCAGCCCCCCCCCAAAACAGAACAUUUUGGGGCAUCCUUGUAAAAUAUGUCCGAUCAAUAUUGGUUCUUUUUUUUUUUUUUUUUUAAACAUGGAAGAUGGGUUAACAACUGUUUUCUAGUGUUGAUUUUGAAACUGAUCUGAACACAACUUGAUUUUGAGGUCUAGGAAUCAACCCCCAGUCCUUACAAAUGGCAUGUUCUACUGUUGAGCUAGAUUCCUCAGCCCUGGAUAUAAUUCUUGAUACUGUCAAUUUCAUAAUAAAGGACACAGGUUGGAUUUUUUUCCAACCAGGGGAUUUAUUGCUUAUCAUUCUUAACAUCAUAAAAGUUCAAGCAUCCACUAAGCACUCCUCAAGCUACCUAAGUCAGAAUCUUUGGUGGCCUAAAACAACUUACCAAAGAAUGGCCCAUCUAUGGGCCAUAGUAAGAAAUACACAUAUCUCAUCUGAUAGUGACCUUGGUCGUUGAGAAAAGGUGCCAGACGGUUGUCUAAGUUGUCCCUCUGACCCCCAGCCAGGGAGUCUCCCACAUGGAGCUGUGUUGGGUUGACCUUUUUUUGUGGUGUUGCCUGUCUUUGUCUUGCAGUUUUCAGCUCUUGUCAUUCUGUCUUUGUGACUUUCUGACGGUCUUCCUCUUUCUGUCCUUGAGAUGGAGUCUGUUUGUUCUUAGGCUGAUUUCCAUUCUUGUUAAGUCAUCCAGGGGACUUCUGGUGUGCCAUCUUACCUGGAAGUGACAGCUGCCAAUGACACUCUGGUUAACUGAGGGCCGUGUUCAGGAAGAGAAAGAUAACAGUUCUAUCUGAAGCACAUGCAUUCUAGAGAUGCACUUCUUUCAUGAGAGGAUUGGUCAUGUUCCUUAGCGUGGUCAGAGGGGCAAAGCUCACUAACUUUGCUACAUUUCCCUGUACCCUUCAGUAACCUUUACAACUGCUCAAUUCUUCCACAUUAUAAAGCAACAUUUAUUAUGCUACCAACUAAUGUGGCCACAUGUUGAAUUUUAUCAUUAAAAACUACAAAGUAUUUCCCAGAAAAUUUAAAAUAUAAUUUUAUUACCAAUUUUAAUUUAAAUUUAUGAAUAGAAAGGGAAAAUGUGUAAACUCUAUUGUGAAAAAAUUAUGUUUGUAUGGAUGACAUCUGAACGUUAUUUUCAGGUUAAACCAUGAUACUUUUGUGAUAUUUAUUAAUAAAGAUAAUGAACUUUCUUUUCCAGAGUGAUUUUAGGUUCACAACAAAACCCAAGAGUCCACACCUACUCACAUGUUCCCAUUCACACACACCUUUCACUAUGAGCAUCCUCUCUGCCACAGUGUUGGAUCUGGUAUAGUCCAUCUCUGCCAAGACAUCUCCAUAGGAAGUGGAUAGUUCAUGUCAGGGUUUUACCUGGGUUGUUAUGUUCUGUAGGUUUUGAAGUACAUCUAAUGUAUAUCUUUAUUAUCAUAACAGUAUGUGGGGUAUUUUCACUGUCCUAGAACUCCUGUGUUCUGAUUGCUGAAUCCUUCUCCUCACUAAGUCCUGGCAACCACUGAUCUUUAUACUGUCUUCAUAGUUUUGUCUUCCAGAAUGUCACAUAGUUGGAAUCAAUCAGUGUGCAGACUUCUCAGAUUGUCUUCUUUUACUUGCAAUCUGCAUUUACAUUUUCAUGUCUUUUUAUGCCUUGAUAGCUCAUUUCUUUUAAGCAUUGAAUACUGUUCUGUCUGCAUACAGCAGUUUAUGACCUAUUUACUUUUGCCUCUAAUUCCAUUUGCUAUAUACAUUUGAAUGUGAAUCAUCACAGGAAAAACAAAUUGAUUCUUUCCUAUGGAUCUGAUGUUGCUACUGAGUCUGGAUCGGCUUCAGUUUCCAGUCUGUAUGGCCUCCCCUUUAUCACUUCUGCUGAGAGAAAUGUUGUGAUCCUAUACAUUGCCCUUGUCAGCCAUGCACAUUGAUUAACAAUGGCUUCUGAGCACCUGGAAGCUCUGUAUUCUAAGGGGGAAGGGUGAUCUACCACAUGCAGGAUGGAGGACCUAUGACAAGCAGGUGGAUGUUGAAAGGAAGAUCCUGAUAAUCACAUGGAAGAUCCUGAUAAUAAUGAAUGAGGAAAAGGCCUGCUGAGUGAGACAUAUCUGAGGCCAUCACCAUAUUCUGUAUAUAUAGCCUGUCCUGCUUUGUGCCAGCAGCCACUUGUGGACCAUGCCCUAGAGCAGAGGUGAAGGUCUAACUGAGCAAUGAGGGUCAGAUGCAAAUUAACAAGUCCUGCAUUCUGGUACCCUGCCUUCCUUUUAUGAUCUCUAAGAAGAGUGGCAAACUUCAGGUCCCCUGAACCUUCCCUGUAUCUACUAGCCAGGCUUCUCAAUCCAUUUUACUUAUUUACGGUAGGGUGUAGGAAUACAGUUCUUUAAGGUUCUCAAUUAAUAUAACAAGCACUGUGAGCCCCUACUGUGGAUGUAGGAUGAGAUCCUAGAUGGAAAACAUUUUUGCAGAAUUUUUGAAGACGUGCAUACUUUUUGGAGACUUUAAGUUAUUUUUAUAUUAAGGUCAGAUCCACUUUUAUUAUGUUGCUAUAUCAAAGUAAUUGACACUUUUAGAUCUCUGCCAGUAAUUUGACUAAAAGUUACAGUUGGAAUGUUCUUUAGUGAUUCUGCCUCUGAGAAAAUAAUGUGUUAGGCUCUGAUUUAAAAGGUUUUAAGAUGUGUGUGGGCACGAGUGUGUGUGUGUGUGUAGAGCACAUGCCAUGGUGUGCCUGUGGAGGUCAGAAGACAAUUUCAUGGGGUUAUUUUUCUUCUUCCAUUUUACCUUGGCUCCUAGGGCUCAAACCCAGGUCGGUGGGCUUGCGUGGUAAGGAUUUUGACUUGUAUCAUCUCCAUGGUUCUGGUUUGUUUCUUUAACAAAUUACAACUCCACUUUAAUUCGGGGGUUUGCCAUUUUUGAGUUGAGUGUGCACAUUCCUUUAUAACAGUUUGAGUACAGGAGAAGUACUAAAUUAGCUGCCCCCCCCCCACCGCUCAAUCUUCCAAAAGGGGAUCUGAAUGUAGUUUGUGGAAAGAAUUCCAACCCAUCCCCUUACCCACUAAAAAGGGUUCUUAAAGCCACAUUAUCACUUUCUCUUAAGAACAUGGCUGUCCACCUCCCAUCCCCAACAACCUUUCUCACUCACGUAGUCACUUCCUUUGUAAAUAUACUUUCAUUAUCUCCCAAAAAAAGUAAAGAUUAAAAACUCAUUUUUAAGGAACAUCCAAGAUUUCAUAGCAAUAUUUUGGGUUCACAGUACAAGAUAAAUCUGAGUAUUUCUGAUUUUUUUUUUAGUCUUCAUAUGGCAUCUGAAACAGUUGUUCACAUUCACACAUCUAUGUCCCGCCAUAUGCAUACUGUGUGCAGUUCUGUUGUUUUAAAAUAUUUUAUUGGUUUUCUUUCAUAUCUCAACUUUUGAUGGGUGUCCUUGAAGAACUUGCAUAAAAAAUGUAAAUGUGAAUGAUUCAUUCAUUCUGAGCACAUGUAACUAUUUUGGGAGACGUCUUCAGGAGGUUUUACCCUACGGUGGAGCAUGCUGUUCUCAGUGGGAAGAGCUUCCCAGGACUGCUCUGCUCCUGGCUGGAUACUGCAGAUGCAGGGCCAUGAUCAUCUCUUCCAAGCCCGUGUUUCCUGCCAGGUGUCAUCUCUGUGUGCUACGCUGCUCUUCUUCUUUGAUGGGUAGCAAUAGUUUUAUACAUUUUACUUGCAUUUUUAGCAUAAAAUUGGGUCUUCGCCUAGAUUUCUAAGCCACUAGCAGAAUUUUUGAGAAGUUUAUGGUUGAAGGCCAGGCCACUGUCAAGUAAGAGUUGCCCUGAGCCUUUCUCAGGACUUCAUAGGCAUUUCAGACCUGGCCUCUAUCAUAGGUCCCCCUCUGAAGAAAGUUCAUCUUCAGGUAAUGCCUGUGUGGUCAAGGGGGUGUAUGUGUAUGUGUAAGAGGAGGAGAGAUAGAGAUAGAGAUAGAGAUAGAGAUAGAGAUAGAGAUAGAGAUAGAGAUAGAGAUAGAUAGAUAGAUAGAUAGAUAGAUAGAUAGAGAGAGAGAGAGAGAGAGAGAAUAUGAGUCAUCAGUGCAUUCCAUAUUGGAGUCCUAUGUUUCUCCCUGGUGUGACAUCAUUGACUUUAGGGUAUCCCAUGAAAGCUUAGAUGACAGACACAUUGCUGUCUGAAGAACAGACAGAAUGGAACGACCCUCCCCAUUUCUAAAUUUACUUCUGUUGGUGAAAAAUGAGCAUGGUGGAAAAAGCUUGGUAUUUUAAAUUGUGAAACUCAGCAUUGGUGUACUUUUUCUAACUUUUGUACUGUUCCUGAUCUUGUAUUCAUGGUUGUGACCCACUGCUGAGUCACUGGUAUGUCCCUUGCUUCUACCAGGCCACCAGAGAGGUAUAGGAUGUCAAUCUUCUUGUGAUGACUAUAACCUUUGGAAAUCCAUUAGAAUGUAUAAAAUUGUUUGCCCAUGAUAAAGAAGGAAUUCAUGGCUGGGAGAAUUACAGUUUUUCUUCUACAAAUCAUAGAAGAUGCUCAGUCUUGGUGAUGUGGAAAAGUACAUUUGUGUAGCCUGAAAUCUGUUUCUGUAUUAGGUAUUUAAAUGCAUGAGGACAAAUUUGAAUUGCUUUUUGUUUAAAAAAAAUGAAACCUAGAAGCAUUAGCCUCGGUUUGUUCAAAAUGUCUAAUGAAACUGAAUUCAUGGCAGUUCAAAACUGAGAAGCAGUCUGAUUUUGUAAAAGCAUUGUUACAGGUCUUGUCAAUAAAGUUUUAGCAGAUGGUUUGUA